AUGAACGAGAAGACGACAACCAGCGAGGCCGUCUCGAUAACUCCAACGGCUGAAGCCGAGCCGUUGGAUGGUCAUCCUAAUUCAGAGGCUGAGAAACUGCUUCUUCGAAAAUGUGACCUUCACGUUGUGCCAGUUCUUACCUUCUUGUUCCUACUUGCAUUCAUUGAUCGAAUAAAUAUUGGGAAUGCUCGUCUACAGGGCCUGGAGGAGGAUCUUAACAUGACUGGCCGGGACUACAACAUCGCCCUCUUGAUAUUCUUUAUUCCAUACAUUCUCUGUGAGCUUCCCAGCAAUUUGAUCCUGAAGAAGGUGGCACCGUCGACCUGGAUAAGCGGGAUAAUUGCAGCAUGGGGUCAGUACUUCAUCACAAACGAGAACCGCUCAGAGUGCAAUAUCAUCUCGCUGACUGGUCGCAUAGGAGUGGUUACUAUUUGCCAGGGUGUCACUACAAGCUUUGCAGGCUUGGUGGUCUGCCGGUUCUUCUUGGGCAUGUUUGAAGCUGGAUUCUUCCCUGGAUGCGUAUACCUUAUUUCCAUGUACUACAGGCGGCAUGAGCUACAGAAGCGAGUCAACUUCUUCUUCUCAGCAAGUAUUAUCGCCGGUGCUUUCAGUGGAGUGGAUGCUAACGGCGUGGGUAAGCUACUUGCUUAUGGAAUUGCUCGUCUAGAUGGAAAGGCAGGCUACGGCGGAUGGCGCUGGAUUUUCAUAAUCGAAGGCCUUGUCACGGUGGUAUUCGCCCUUCUAUCUAAACUCUUAAUUGUGGAUUGGCCUGAGACGGCCAAGUUCCUAACGGAUGAAGAGCGAAAAUUGCUCAUUGCUCGCCUAGCCCUUGAUAAUAAAGGGGCACAAAUGAACCGUCUAGAUAGGCCAGCUUUGAAACGCUGCCUAUUUGAUAUCAAGAUCUAUCUUGGGAUGGUCAUGUACUUUGGAGCUGUGACCUCCGGGUAUGCCACCGCUUUCUUCACACCUACCAUUCUCCACCAGUUCGGCUGGGAACCCCUCAAAGCCCAGGUGAUGAGUAUCCCCAUUUUUGUCGUUUCAACUGUCAUCACACUGGCAUUAGCAUGGGUUUCCGACGCCUUACGCCACCGGUUUACUUUUACCAUCUUAGGCUGCCUCAUCGCAACCGUCGGUUAUGUUUUGCUUAUCUGCCAACAGCACGUCCCCGUCGGAGCUCGAUACUUCGCCGUCUUUGCCAUUACAAUUGGCACCUUUAUCACUCAACCCAUUUGCGUGACUUGGCUCAACAAUUGCAUGGCGGGGCAUUAUAAACGGUCAUUUUCCACGUCCUUCCAAGUUGCGUUUGGAAAUUUUGGUGGUGUGGUUGCAAGCAAUGUCUUCUUGGACUCGGAAAAGCCUCUAUAUCCGACUGGCUUUGGCACGACACUGGGGGCAUUCUGGCUAUGUGGAAUAAGCUGCGUCGUGCUUCUAUUUGUUCUCAUUAGGGAAAAUCGAAUUCGUGAUGCGGGAGGGCGAGAUUACCGAUUUCAACUUCCUGAGGAUGAACUAAACAAUCUCGGUGAUGACCAUCCUUCAUUCAGGUUUUCCUAUUGA